GUGUCUUUACGUCGUCCGUUUUAAGCGGUUAGCGGAGUGUUUUGUAUCAGAGAAGGAAAGAAGAAGAGGAAGAACGAUAUUUUUUUAAAAUCGUAAAACAUCCGUUUACAAAAUGGGCAACGACCAGGAAGAGGUUCCGGAGAGUCCUGAUGUGCAUUUCGAACCAGUUAUGAAAUUGCCACUGGUAGAAACUAAGACUAUGGAAGAAGACGAGGAGGAAUUAGUGAAAUUGCGGGCGAAGUUGUUCAGAUACGAUACCAAAGACACUCCUGCGGAGUGGAAAGAGCGAGGAACCGGCGAGGUUAAAAUCCUCCGGCACAAGAAAAAUAAUAGCGUCAGGAUAGUUAUGAGAAGAGACAAAACUUUAAAAAUAUGUGCGAAUCAUUACAUACAGCCACUCAUGGAAAUGAAUCCGAAGUCCGGAAGCGACAAGGCUCUGGUGUGGAGCACACCGGCUGACUAUGCCGACGAGGAACCCAAGUCUGAACUCUUAGCCAUCAAAUUUGCAAGUGCCGAGAAUUGUUUAAAGUUCAAGGAAUCAUUUGAGAAAGCAAAGUUAAUAGUUAGUGAAAAAUUCAACAGUAGUAUACAAUCAGAUAAGUCUGAACAAGAUGAGGAGGAUGACGAUGAAGGAGACGAAAGCAAUGUGAAAGAAGAAAAGUUAGCGUCGAAAAUUGAAGCACUCUCUUUGAACCAAAAUGAUCAAGAUGCCAAAGAAAACACUACAGAAAAAGAAGAGGAGGAGAGUGGGGAGCAAAAGAGCUCUGAAGGGAGCAAGUGAAGAUUGCCUUUUUUGUGUGAAGUGUCCUUAGCACGGUAAUUAAAAACACGUUUCGGGACCAUUGAAACAUCGCCGUUCCAGUGUCGUAACUGUCCUCUGUUCGUCGAAUUACUCGGAGUACCGAUUGCACAUCUCGUUCCUUGCUUUAAUUUUAUAUAUAUAUAUAUUAGAAUGUUUUAUGUAUAUAAUUAUCCAAGUAUGUAAUUUCACGUUUCGUUUACAUUUCCCCCGAGAAACUAAUUUAAUUUGACAUAUCACAUUCCCAGUAUUAGAAUUCCCAAAUUGUCACAUUACGCGGGUUGGCGACGAACACCGUCCCAAUUAGAGAUCGGAUCCGAAGUCUGCAAUUUUUAGUCUAUGCGAUAUAAGCUGCGAAUGUUUUAUAAUACCACUUAAAAUGAGAUCGGACGAGAUAUUUUGUUAUUAAAAGUCGAAAGUUGUACAACUCUCAAAAGAAUAAAGAUCAAUCUGUUUCUAUUGUA